AUGAAGAACAUUAGAUUAUGUACUAAAUCUCUUAUUGUGUUGCUAAUUCUUUCUACUAUUUGUAGUUUCUCAGAGUCAAGAUUGCAAAUCUGCAAGCCUAGUAGCAAGAUUAAGGCAAAAAAGCCGCCCAACGGACAUUGUAACAUCGAAGAAGAUGACAUAUGUUGCAUCAAAGACAAAAUAUACACUACUUACAAAUGUUCACCUCAAGUGUCUAGCAAGACUAAAGCAAUUCUCACAUUGAAUAGUUUCGAAAAGGGUGGAGAUGGAGACGGAGACGGACCAUCAAAAUGUGAUGAUAAGUAUCAUUCUGAUGAUACACAUGUUGUAGCUCUUUCGACUGGUUGGUACAAUGGAGGAGGGAGAUGUCUUAGCAACAUAACGAUAUAUGGUAAUGGAAGAAGCGUAAAUGCCAUGGUUGUGGAUGAAUGUGAUUCAACUAUGGGUUGUGAUGAGAAACAUGAUUAUCAACCACCAUGUCAAAAUAACCUUGUUAGCGCUUCACAAGGCGUUUGGAGAGCCUUACACGUGCCUAUGAACGAAUGGGGUGAGUUGGACAUAACUUGGUUCGAUGAAUAG